AGUGGAACUGCACCGGCUCUGAUGCUUGUGCUGAUUUCAGUGUGUCAGAACAAUGUUAAUCUGUGUGAGUGUUUCCUCUCGUCUCUGCCUCAUCUGAGUGCACGUCAGCAGCACCUCGAGCCAAGAAAAGUCUUGUUUGAGAGUGUCUGCUCUUUGGACACACUGGUGAAACUGGGACCUUCCAGCUCUGUGGGGGUUUGAGAUGUCUUUUGAGAGUGGGAUGAACCAAAGUGCAGAUUGUUAAGAUUUAUUUUUCCUCUUCCUGCAUAUCUGACCCUGUUCUCUGCUUCCACUCCUUGUUUAGGAGGCAGCACAUCUCUCAUCAAGGGACGCUGCGCCUAGUCUUUGACAAUGAAGUUCAACUUGUUCAGAAAUUCGCAGGCCGUGGCGGCCCCCGAGCCCACCGGUGUCACCACUGCCACCAUGGCUCCCACCCAGGCUUUCAUCUCCACCUCGGUGCCGGAGACCUCUGGCUCCAACAACACAGAGAUCAGCAAGAACGACAUGUUUGAGGAGAUCAAGAGCAAAUUCUUGAAUGAAAUUGAUAAAAUUCCAUUGCCUCCAUGGGCUCUGAUCGCCAUUGCUGUGGUGGCCGCGUUGCUCAUCCUCACCUGUUGCUUCUGCAUAAUCAAAAAAUGCUGCUGCAAGAAGAAGAAGAACAAGAAAGGGAAGAAGGGCAAAGACGGCUUCAACAUGAAGAACAUGCAGGGUGGCGAGAUACACCAGGACGACGAGGAUGAUGACGAGGGAGAGACCGGACUGACAGAGGAGGAGAAAGAGGAAGAGGAGAAAGAACAAGAGAAACUGGGGAAGCUGCAGUACUCUAUAGAUUAUGACUUUGAGAAUGCAAAGCUCACAGUUGGCAUCCUUCAAGCUGCGGACCUCAUAUCCAUGGACUCAGGUGGAACCUCCGAUCCUUAUGUUAAAGUCCUGCUCCUGCCUGACAAGAAGAAGAAGUAUGACACCAAAGUCCACAAGAAAACACUGAACCCUGUCUUCAAUGAGACAUUUGUAUUUAAGAUCCCCUACGAGGAGCUCGGUGGGAAGACUCUGGUGAUGUCUGUUUAUGACUACGACCGAUUUUCCAAACAUGACGUCAUUGGAGAAGUGAAGAUUCCCAUGAACACUAUCGACCUUGGACGGCCGAUCGAGGAGUGGCGGGAUCUGGAGAGCGCCGAUCAAGAGGAGCCUGAGAAACUCGGAGACAUCUGCAUCUCCCUCCGUUACGUCCCCACUGCUGGGAAACUCACCGUCUGCAUCCUGGAGGCCAAGAACCUGAAGAAGAUGGAUGCCUGUGGAUUAUCUGAUCCUUAUGUAAAGAUCCAGCUGCUGCAGGGUGGUAAGCGUCUGAAGAAAAAGAAGACUACAGUGAAGAAGAACACUCUAAACCCUUACUAUAAUGAAUCCUUCAGCUUUGAAAUCCCUCUGGAGCAGAUGCAGAAAAUCUUGGUGGCGGUCACAGUGUUCGAUUACGACAAGAUUGGUAAAAAUGACGCUAUCGGAAAGAUCUUCGUGGGCAGUAAGGCAACCGGCCUCGGUCUGAAGCAUUGGUCCGACAUGCUGGCUAAUCCGCGCCGCCCCAUUGCCCAGUGGCAUCCAUUGCAGCCAGAGGAGGAUAUUGAUGGUCAGCUGGCGUCCUUGAAUGCAAAGAAGUAACAUGCUCCACCAACCAGCUAAUGCACUAACUCAGAAAUCCAACCCCCGCCCCCUACUUUGCAUGAAACCCAUGACUUAACAACACGUGACAACUCGUCAUGAAACCUGCUCAGCAAAAAAGAGACAUCUUAGAAUAUCCGCUCAUUCAUGGUUAAGUCGAGAAAAAACUGUUUUUAAGCAUCACAUUUCACACAUUAGUGUAUGCUGAGAGGAGUGGCGUUGAGUUACCGGGUGACUGGUUCGUGAAUGAUCGACUGUUGGUCUUUCUUUCAUUUGAAGAAACUUAGAAACUGAUUCUUAGGGUGCUGACACUGAACGAAAGACAAUGCUGGAAAAUAAGGCUUUAGUUUAGUUUAUAGAGCAUGCUUUACUUAGCUCCCCACUGCUCCGCAUACACCACGCCCAGUAUUGUAUCUUGCUAAUAAGUGUGCUAUAACUUGCAGUAGAAAGUACUGUAGUAUUGGGCUACUUCCUGCAUAGUCUGUUUAAGUCUAUUAAUGCAAAAAUAUUUAAUUGAGAAUGAAUGAGUUCACUGAAUGCAGCGAUCCAUGUUGCAAUAUAUUUUCAAGAGUAAUCUGCAUAAAUGAUUGUCUUCAUUUUACCGGCUCACAUUUGAGAAGGAGAUACAGUACAGUGGUAAAUAAUACAGAACAGUCGUCUGAUCUAAGCUGCUUGUUUUGUGUUGCCACGAAGGCACGUCUAUGCAUUUAGGUUCAACACACGUCUCUGUGUCUCCAGACGGAUCUAAUGUAGGACAGGAAUACAUGGGUGCCUUUCCUGAUACGACACUUUGAGAAUUACAGUAAGCUUCAUUGUUUUAUUUUGAAGGGAAAAUCAUUCAAAAGUAGUCAGGGACACUGUGAAUGUGCCAUCUUGAAUCUGUCUUGAGUUGUGUUGACCAUUUGGAUGUAAAACCUUACUUAUCUGUGGACAAGGUAAGGACACGGGAAGGCUCAUCAGUAAUGUUCAUAUCAAUUAUGACAGUCCUUUUCUUUAAAUCCUGCUCUUGCUUCCCUAAAAACAGUGCCAUCUAACUCAUUUUUUGUUUUCCAUUAAAGGGAUCACAUGUCUUUCUUUGACGAAUGUUGUAGUUUACCAAACAUACCACACACCCCUAAUAAUUUCUGGUGAAACAACACAAGGAAACCAAUCAAAGACCAGAUGUCUUUUUUAUAGAGAGUUUGAAUUUGAAGAUGUAGCUGCACUUUUUAAGAGAGUGUGAAGUGCAAAAAAGCAGGUUUGUAAAAUCCCAACAGGGCAAGAGCUACAUGAAAACAUUAUAAUACAAUAAACAUAUCUUGGACCAUUCUGCUUGAACCAAAUAGAGCUGCAGAAUCCAGCAUGUAUCAUGCCUCGCAGUAUUUCAUGUUGUUUGGAUAGCUCACUCGUCGGCCACAAGCUUUGUAAACCUGGAGCCAAAGUGCUGCAACAUGGCGGUGUGAAAACAUCAUCACAGACAUAUUGUGUCCGACUGAUGAGCAGGGACAUGGAGGCAAAGGAAGGCUGCAAUGAUUUAAUUCUUAUAAGCAUUUAGUUGUAAAGUUUCAGUACUCCUGAAUACUUGAUUAAUACGUCUGAAUUUAUAACUGUGAGUUAUUUUACUUGAAGAACCAUCUAUCUUCAUUUAUGUGGUUUGAAUUUCCCACUUUGACAUUUUUAAGUUCAAGUUUAAGUUUUCAAUAUUGUCUUCACAAAAUAAACUCACAUUAAACUAUCUUCAAGUUGCUCAAAUUCAGCUGGAUCUCAAACACCAAAUUCAGGAUGACAAAUUCAGUCUUGAAAAAUGGAGCUACCAAAGUCAAUGAAUCAUAUAUUUUAAGCAGACCCCUACGGAGUCUAGAUACUGGUGGUGGUGAUGAGAUGGAUGUGAUCAGGAGAGGUCUUUAAAGCUUUAAAGCCCGACCUGGGCACUAGAUACAAUGAGUGGAGGUAAAUGGGGUGGAGUAGGGUGCAACGACACCACCUGAAAUGACAGCUGACAGCAGCAAAGAGGAGAUCAGAUUUAAAAAUUGAAAGCAGCAGCGUAAUAAUCUGAUACAGAUCGUGUUUAACUGGAAGAGCGGUGCCCAUAAUCAGCUGAUUGGAAGAAACAGGGGGAAUGGGAUAGAGAAGGAGAAUUGUGGAUGAAUGACGCAUAAAGAAAGUCUUCCUGUUUGAACUUAUAGAGCUUCCUUUAUACCUGGGGUGGUGCUUUUGCCAUUUCCACAGGGUACAUGUGUGGAAAGAUUAUAGAGUGGCUCAUUUUGAGAAAUUAUGAUUUGAUAAAAAGAAAAAUAGAUGAAUUCCUAUACUCAUCUUAGCAUCUUGAAAUAAAGACACAAAUACGGUCACAAUUUGGUGUAAUGCUGAUCUUAGUUUCAUUUAUUUGUUUUAUUUUGCUUUUAGCCAGGGCUUGACUUGACUUCAGUGUAACUAUUACAACAAUAACCAGUAGUUUGAAAACUCGUUAGCAUCAGAAAAUGAUUGAAACGUCCAGCAAGAGGUUGUAAUUUGACCAAACCUACUGAAAGAAGGAGCCCAGAAUUGCCAUGUCUUGCGUGAAAAAUAAUAGUGAAAAAUGUAUCAAAAGAACACUUUUGGAACAUGGAGGUUGGUGUCGAUGAAGGGGAACUCAAGCUGUUGGGGUACAACAGGCUAAAAAAGGUUAGGAACCUCUGACACAUUUAGUAUUUUAUAUAAAACAGUAAAGAGAAGUUCAGAUAAAAGGACACUUUGCACACACGUUCAAUCAGAAUGUAUGAAAAUUAAAGAAAACAAAUGACCUUCUGGGAAAGUGGGGAAAUUUAUAACCAUGUAAAUUCAGAAUGAAUGGUUUCUGAAGUAAAACACUUACAUUCUAUCAUUUAAUUGUUAUUAGUGUUCAGGAGUGGUUAAACUUCAUAACUGGGCAUUUAACUUAAGUAUAAAAUUAAAUCAGUACAGCCUUUCUUUGCCUCUGUAGGCGGCCAUUUUGUCACCAGAAGUAAAAGUAAUUCUGCAGGAGGCUGAACAGCAGCACACUGAUUGGUCCACGCACAGUCCUACUUCCUCCUACUGUCGACAUUAUGCAUCGCGCAGAUUUGUUAAUAGGCUUCAGCAUGUAUCCACGACGAGAUGAUGUAAAUAGUAGCAUGUUUUAAAGAGGAACCAUAAUUAUAUUGUGUAUGUGUGUUUGUGUUCUGUGUCAUUUUUUGAUAAUAAAACGGAGUAAAAAAGAGUAUGCACUGACUGCAAAGUGUAUGUAUUUUUGCUGAAUGGGACUGAAUGUAUGUCUGAAUAAUCCAUGUUAGGAUUCACGGGCUCCUCUGACGCCUCAGGAUUAAAGCAGGGUUGCUGUAUAAAAAAAAGAAAUCCACUCAGUUUGCCAUAAUACUGCAUGAUCGUCUGGUUUUCUGUCAUCGUUUGUUUGUGUCCUCUGUGCUUUAAUCCAGUGUUACGAUGUGCUCGGGCUACAAGUCAUGUAAUUACUGUUCAUUUCUGCUUGCACCUGUUUUACAGUGUGUGUCGGUCGCUGACCAGUUAACUGUAUAUAUUUCAAAAAAAGGAGAAUAUUUGCCGGCUCCUUGAUUUUCUAUCUCAGUGUACCGUAAGUGUUUCCUUCAUUUACUCCUGCCAGAUGGGUGUCAAGUCUCAGUUUAUUAAAUGUCGAUGAAGUGGACGACUUAAUCGACUUGUAGCCCCUUUUUCCUUCCUCUUUUUGCUCCAUUGAACUGUACCUUCUCAUCUUACUGCUAUUCACAUGAGCCUGCUCUGAUAUGUCUGAUUAUACUUUCCAACAUUAGGAAUUAGUCAGUAAUUAGCAUAUAAACUAAAAUGUUUUAUUUCAUUAUAGAAUAUUUUUUAUUAAGAUUCCUUUGCUGGAUUAGUACUGUGAAGUAUUACACUGCACAUUAUUGAUGCAGUCCUCCUAAGGAGCUCCACUCAUGUAAUUGAGCAAUCAAUAAUCUUGUCAUUCCAAAUGUCACUUCACAAACGAACACACGCAGUUUGACUAAUGGAUUGCAAUAGGAUGAGCCGGUGUUGUGUCACUUGUGCAUGCUCUGAGAUGUCAGUGCUGUGUCUGCCAUGACGUUUCUAAUGUGGGGAUUUGUUAACGUUGUGUGCUUUGUUUGAGUCUCAGUCAUUUACUGUUGGAAAAAAACCUUUAUUUACAGCAUGCGGUGGAUGAAGAUGGAUGUAAUCUUCAUGACUGUUCAUGUUUUCAGAGUGUAAUGUAGCUGUCUCUCUGUGUUCGAGGGGCUGAGAGUUAUAGAGACAACACACAUUUAUAAUUUUUGGAUAUUCUAUUCUGAAGAUGCCACAAUUACCCCUUUACUAUCAACAUGGACGGGGUUCUGUUCUGGUUCAUGCACCUAAUUUUGAACCAUUCAAGAGCAGUUUGACCAAACAUAAAUUUGUUCUUUGGUCUCUGGCUGAAACCAUAAAGUAGCAGGUUUUUCUUUUUGCCUAAAGUGCAAAUUGUGACGAUAUCAGUGCCAUAUUGUAGACAUCGGAAAGAGAGAAUGAAGAAGGCAACAAGAAGUGUGAAGUGAGAAAUCAUCAAAAAAUAAGGAGCGUGCAGUGAUCUCAUUAAUAGUUUUUUAUUUUUGGAUUAAAACAAAUAUCUGUAGUUGCAGAACAAAAGUUCGUAGGUAGGCUUAUCAGUGUGAUCCGCCAUUUUGUUUCCACUGUUCACUACCGUUGAUGAUACAUCCCUGAUUACAAUGGCUCUGAUCAAAACUGGUGGAAACGUGUUCUGGUUCUCUAAAUAGCACAGACGAUCCCGAGCUAAUUUGGUGGAAAAGGUGUAAAUGUGGUGUCAAAUUUAAAUCCAGAUCUUACUGUGAAGGAGCGCCACAUCAUAUCAUUUUCUACAGUGUGUGUCAGGUCAUCCUCUCCUGGGGUCAUUUAAUAUUCUCACUCUCAUCUACGUGUAUUUGAGCUGCCAUCAGUUUCUGCCUCCUGUUUCUGUGUAUUUGCAAUAGGACCAAUAGAGCCUGUAUUCGUUUGUUGGUGUUCUGUUAAUGGACUACACGAGUCUGUCACUUUUCUGCAAUGCAGGCAACAAAAUCCCCGUCUUCCUGGGUCUCACGAGCUAUAAACAGUGCAGAACAACAUUUGCAAUGCAAUACUGCCAACCUGCUGCUUCAGUAACGGUUCCUCUUUUAGUCCCCUCAUGUGAACAUAGCCAUGAUAGAGAACACCCAAAGACCUGAUCACAAUCCCAUCUCGCUCCAUCGGGCACUCACUUUCCGAGCAACAGAGACAAGGGAAAUGUUUGAACGUCUUUCUUGACUCUUGUUUUUGUCUUGUUGUAGAGGUGUGUCAAUAGUUGUGCCUUUUUGUGAACUGCAUGAUUUAUUUCCGUACAAAAUCCAUGUUUUCCAGCCAAAAAAAGAGGGAACAAUAAGACCACAGAACUUGUACUCAUAUAUCACUCUAUGUAGAACUGAGCUACUCAAGGGAACCAAAAUAUGGGAUGUGGUCAGGACAUAUCUGUGUGUUGUCAAAAUGUAAUCAUAGGAAAUAAAGGCAUUUUAAGUAGC